AUGGGAAAGGGAAAUGAAGACGCCGAUCUCCACUGCUCCUCCAUCCAGUGCUCCACUGACCAGCCCCCUUUCCAGCAGAUCUCCUUUACAGAAAAGGGCUCAGAUGAGAAGAAACCAUUCAAAGGAAAAGGCAAGACCGCCUUCUCCCAUUCCAGUGAGAAGCACACACAAAGGCAAGCAGGAUCAGAGCCCAAUCCAAACAAGGAGAAUUCUGAGGAAACCAAGCUCAAGGCCGGGAACAGCACUGCUGGAUCAGAACCAGAGUCCAGCUCAUACCGGGAAAACUGCAGGAAAAGAAAAAUCAGUUCCAAGGACAGCUGCCAAGACAGAGCAGGGAACUGUCCAGAAGAGGAGUGCAGCUUGACGUUGAAUAAAAAAUCAAGAUCCUCCACCGCUGUGCACAACAGUGAAAUCCAGGAGACCUGUGAUGUCCACCAUAGGGGACGUUCCAGGGUUCGCACUGGGCGCAGCAAGCGGCAUAGAUCUCGGGCCCUAGGAGUCCAAACACCGUCACUUCGAAAAAGCUUGGUGACCUCUGUGCGAGCUAUGUCAGAGGCUGUUUAUCAAGACCUAGCCCAGGUGUGGGCACAGCAGAUCCAUUCUCCACUGACCUGUGAGCAGCGGAUACUGCUCACUCAGCUCCGGGGGACUCUGUGUGCCCAGGUGCAGACCUUGUAUUCCAUGGCCACCCAGGCAGCUUAUGUCUUCCCUGCUGAGAGCUGGCUUGUCCCAGCCACACUGCCUGGUCCUGGGGAUUCAGCCUUGGAGAGAGAAACCCAUCCCUUCCCUGGGCAGGAGAUAACUGAGCCUGUCAGUGGAUCAGAUAAGGCUAAGCUGGGAGCACCCUGACCCUAUUCAGCAGAGAUG